UGGGCGGGUCUCGGCGGCGGCCGUGACAGCGACGGCGUGCGGCCCGGGCGGACAUGGCGAUGGCGAUGUCGGAUAGCGGGGCGAGCCGGCUGCGGCGGCAGCUGGAGUCGGGGAGCUUUGAGGCGCGGCUGUACGUGAAGCAGCUGUCGCAGCAGUCGGACGGGGACCGGGACCUCCAGGAGCAUCGGCAGCGCAUUCAGGCUCUGGCCGAGGAGACGGCGCAGAACCUGAAGCGCAACGUCUACCAGAACUACCGGCAGUUCAUCGAGACGGCCCGCGAGAUCUCCUACCUGGAGAGCGAGAUGUAUCAGCUCAGCCAUCUCCUGACGGAACAGAAGAGCAGCCUCGAGAGCAUCCCGCUCACCCUGCUGCCGGCCGCCGCAGCCGCGGGGGCCGGCGCCUCCCCGGGCGGGGACGAGGGGGCCGGGGGCGCCGGGGGCCGAGACCACCUCCGGGGCCGAGCAGGGCUUUUUCCCACCCCCGGGGCCGCCUCCCGCGACAGCUCCAGUCCGGGCGAGGAGGGGAAGCAGCGCACGCUCACCACUUUGCUUGAGAAGGUAGAGGGCUGCCGGCACCUGCUGGAGACCCCGGGGCAGUACCUGGUGUACAACGGGGACUUGGUGGAGUACGAGGCGGACCACAUGGCCCAGCUGCAGCGGGUGCACGGCUUUCUCAUGAAUGACUGCUUGCUGGUGGCCACCUGGCUGCCGCAGCGGAGGGGGAUGUACCGCUUCAACGCCCUUUAUCCCUUGGAUGGGCUAGCUGUGGUCAAUGUCAAGGACAACCCACCCAUGAAGGACAUGUUCAAGUUGCUCAUGUUCCCCGAGAGCCGUAUCUUCCAGGCAGAAAAUGCUAAGAUAAAACGAGAGUGGCUGGAAGUGCUGGAAGAAACUAAGAGGGCCCUGAGCGAAAAAAGACGCCGGGAGCAGGAGGAGGCCGCCGCCCCUCGCGCGCCUCCCCAGGUGGCGUCCAAAGCCACUAACCCAUUUGAGGACGAUGAAGAAGAAGAACCGGCUGCCCCCGAGGAGGAGGAGGAGAAAGUGGACCUGUCAAUGGAAUGGAUCCAGGAGCUACCUGAAGACCUGGAUGUCUGCAUUGCCCAGAGGGACUUUGAGGGGGCCGUGGACCUGUUGGAUAAACUGAAUCAUUACUUGGAAGAUAAGCCCAGCCCACCUCCUGUGAAGGAACUCCGGGCCAAAGUAGAUGAGCGCGUCCGGCAGCUCACGGAGGUGCUGGUCUUUGAACUCUCCCCCGAUCGGUCCCUGCGGGGUGGUCCCAAGGCUACUCGCAGGGCAGUUUCCCAACUGAUUCGACUUGGCCAAUGCACCAAGGCGUGCGAGCUGUUUCUGAGGAACAGGGCGGCGGCCGUGCACACUGCCAUACGUCAGCUCCGCAUCGAGGGUGCCACUUUACUCUAUAUUCACAAGCUGUGCCACGUCUUCUUUACGUGUCUCCUGGAGACUGCCAGAGAAUUCGAGACAGAUUUCGCAGGCACCGACAGUGGCUGCUACUCGGCCUUUGUGGUCUGGGCACGGUCAGCCAUGGGCAUGUUCGUGGAUGCCUUUAGCAAGCAGGUGUUCGACAGCAAGGAGAGCCUCUCCACGGCUGCCGAGUGUGUGAAAGUAGCGAAGGAGCACUGCCAGCAGCUGGGGGACAUCGGACUGGACCUGACCUUCAUCAUCCACGCCCUGCUGGUGAAGGACAUCCAGGGCGCCUUGCACAGUUACAAGGAGAUCAUCAUCGAAGCCACUAAACAUCGCAACUCAGAGGAGAUGUGGAGGAGGAUGAACUUGAUGACCCCGGAGGCCUUGGGCAAGCUCAAAGAAGAAAUGAAAAGCUGUGGGGUGAGUAACUUUGAGCAGUACACUGGGGACGACUGCUGGGUGAACCUCAGUUACACGGUGGUGGCUUUCACCAAACAGACCAUGGGCUUUCUGGAAGAGGCCUUGAAGCUGUAUUUCCCGGAGCUGCACAUGGUGCUCCUCGAGAGCCUGGUGGAGAUCAUCCUGGUUGCUGUGCAGCACGUGGAUUACAGUCUCCGCUGUGAGCAGGAUCCGGAGAAGAAGGCUUUCAUCCGACAGAACGCGUCCUUUCUCUAUGAAACAGUCCUCCCUGUGGUGGAGAAGAGGUUUGAAGAAGGCGUGGGGAAGCCCGCCAAGCAGCUCCAGGACCUGCGCAAUGCCUCGAGACUCGUGCGUGUGAACCCGGAGAGCACGACCUCGGUGGUCUGAGGCCGGCUCUCCGGGGGGGACACACACAGAACUGCUAGUCAUUCGUAUUUCUAAGAGGUUGGAUUAGCAUAGCCUCCCAAACACAGCUUACAAAGUACCCUCCCAGAAAUGCAGACUCAAAAGGAGAAAGGAAGAAGAAUGUCAAAUGAAGCCCAAUAACAAGAAACGUCACAAUUGUGAAAACAAGUACUUUCCUUUUAAAUUAUGCCUGUUCUGUGCUCACACUACAGUAUUCCAGCUUCUCUUUUGAGCCAGAACACACUUCCUUACUGUGUAUGUCCGUUUUCAACACACAGAAAUACUGUGCAAACACAUGAGUUCAACAUUUGUGUGGAAGGAUUUCCAGUCCACUGAAGCGUUAGGUUUCUUCCAAAGUGCAGCACCACGUAACACUCGGCCUUGAGGCACGCUUGCAUAGUCAGGAAGAAGGAAGCACUUGGCAAAGUUUCCAGGUAUCUUCUAGUCAGUUAUUUCUUGAAUGAUCUGUCUAGCUAGCAUGUGAACUCAGCUACUCCCAUCCUUAAGUAAGAGGAAGCUUUUCUAAAAAUUCCAACAUUUCCAAUGUAAUUUGAAUGGUUAUUUAUUUUCAGUUGUUAUUUAGCAGCUCCAUAGCAUUUGAGUUGGGAGCAUUGACUUAGAAAUCUUAAAAGAUUGUGACCGGGUUCCGCACCACCCCCCCACAACACAUUUCUGAAUUGUGUGAAUUUCCAGCUGAAGCUUUUGUGUUUUUAAUCUCUCAGUAAUAAUAAUACUAAUAAAUAGGAACUAAUAAUUAGGAAAGCUGAAGAUCCUGACAGCAGCCAGGGAUUUCGGCUUCCCCUCUCCCCUUCGGACAAAUUUCAGUCUUCAGACAAAUGCAAAAAAAAAAAAAAAUUCAUUGAAAUAUUUAUAUAGAUUCUGGGUACUAUAUAGCUAGGAAAUCAGGAAAGACAAAAUGAAAAUCAAAUCUGGUGGUCUCAAAUCUGACCACUUUGAACAGAUUUGGUUUUGAGUUUUUCUGACCAAGUGGAGACCAGAGCGAGACAGUGUACCCAGAGAAAAGGGAAGAAGAGAGAGAAUGGUUGCUUUAAAAAACACCAGUAUGUUCCAUGCUGUUUUUAUUUUUAAAUUUUUCUUCUGCUUUAAAAAAUAUAAUGCUUACUUUAGAUUACAAGUAAAGCAUAAUUAGAUGAGCUUCCUGAAAUUUCUAAAUGGUUUCUUAUGCUGUGUAUAAAUUCUGUGACAUUGCUCCUACCUUGAGAGAAAUUGUGCUUGCCAAGAUCAUUUUUCCCUAAUUGUGAUUCCUGUCCAUAAGUGCCAUUUUGAAUGCCAAUGAUUUCAAAAACUCAUUUCUUUCUUCUUAAUAAAAAUGGUAGUAUUAAGACUUUGGAAAUUAUGUAAAAUCUAAAAUGGAUUCCAAAUAGUGGCUUAGGGUUGUAAAACUCCUUGACUUGAUUACUCAUAUGCCAAGCCAGCUUUUUAUUUUCUAUUUAGCAUAUUUACAAGGUUGAAAUCUAUCAGAACUACAAAAUUUCUGAUUUUUUUUUUUCACAGAACUUCUGGAUUUUCUAGGUAACCUUAACUGAGUAUCUUUGCUGAACAAACUUACACUUUUUAAGAUACCUGGGAACUUGAACUUUGCAAAAUUGUGUUACUACGAUUAUUUUUGUCAUUCACACAUUGUAACGUAUGAAACACAAGUAUUGUAUACAUUUAUGAUGCUGGCCUGUGAAAGGAUACUUCUGGAAUAAAAUUCCCUUUUGAGGCAUGAAGUUGUAGAAACUUAAGUGUGUAUGUACGCUCACCUAUUUAAGUGGCUGUGUACUCAUAGACCUGCCUGCUCUUUGGAAGUAAAGAAUUUUCUUCUGUUAAAAUGUGUGUUAUUUGUAAUCAGUGUUCUAGCUGAAGGAAGCAUGCUUUUAUAGAAGCAGUGUGGGAAGUUGACCCAAGACACUGAGCGUUCCUUUAUAUCCAGAACAGAAAUUAGCACUGCAUUCUUUAAGGUAGACUCAGAGGUCUUCUAAUUCUCUGGUUUCAUUAUACUCCAAGAUAAGUUCUAAGACAUGAAUGUAAAUAUUGUACAUAUUGAAAUAUAUGACUUAAGCAUUUACUGCCUUUUUGGUUUGCUUCAAGCAUACCAAUAUUACUUGAGCUUGGAAUCACAGACUUGAUUAAUAGCUGCUUGAGAAAGUGUGCUCUGUGAAUUAAGUCUUUGAUGAAAGCUUCAUUUUACUUAAGUGUUGAAGACUUCUUUUAGUACUACCUAUAGUAAAAUUGUCAGCAUUUGUUUUUCUGCAACUUGAUAUGCAGGAAUGAGAAUCUGAGACUUGAGGUGUAGAAAAAAUCAAUACAUAUACAUUGUUAUGCUGUGACACGAGGGAAUCUGAAAUGUUCUCUAAAAAUAAACCUUAAAACUUUUCUUACCCU